GUCCCACAAUGCAUUGUAGUUGGUCAAAACAUUUGCUAGGCUAAUCAUAGCAUCGAGCUAGCGACCACAUAACGCACAGUAAUAACGAUAUUACACUGCUUAAGAUCUAUUACCGGCGUCCGAUUACAGUGACCGCAAGAUUUGUAGAUCUGAAGUGUUUGCUUGGUUUGUUAUUAAUUCGUUGCGGCUGCGUUUUAUUAGGUCAUCCAUUGAGGAAACGCAGGACUCCGGACAGGAGGAGUUGUUUGUUGUGCUCUGAUACACUCCACUCAGGUUCCCAUGAUGGACCAAGAGUAUGAACGUCGCUUGCUCAGGCAAAUCAACAUCCAAAAUGAAAAUACCAGUCCCAUUAAAGUGACCGAGGUGAUUAGGCACAUGACUCCCACGAACUCCCCACUGUCAUCCCCAAGCAAGCACGGAGACAGGUUCAUCCCAGCACGGGCCGGUGCCAACUGGAGCAUCAACUUCCACCGAAUCAACGAAAACGAAAAGUCCCCAAGUCAAAACAGAAAAACGAAGGAAGCAACCUCAGAUAAUAGUAAAGCGGAUGGGCUGGCCUACUCUGCCCUGCUGAAGAACGAGUUGCUGGGAGCGGGGAUAGAGAAGGUUCAGGACCCCCAGACGGAGGACAGGCGCCUGCAGCCCUCCACGCCCGAGCGGAGAAGCCUCUUCACGUACUCUCUUAGAACGAAGAGGGCGUCUUCACCCGAUGAUGGCAACAUCUCCCCGUACUCCUUAUCCCCUGUUAGCAUCAAGAGUCAAAAGUUGCUACGGUCACCCAGGAAGCCUACCAGGAAGAUCUCCAAGAUUCCGUUCAAGGUCCUGGAUGCCCCAGAGCUCCAGGAUGACUUUUACCUCAACCUGGUCGAUUGGUCGUCCCUGAACGUGCUGAGCGUGGGCCUGGGCACCUGUGUCUACCUCUGGAGUGCCUGCACCAGCCAGGUAACUCGUCUGUGUGAUCUGUCAGUGGAGGGGGAUUCGGUCACUUCGGUUGGCUGGUCGGAACGAGGUAAUCUGGUGGCGGUGGGGACUCACAAGGGCUACAUCCAGAUCUGGGACGCGGGAGUGGGGAAGAAGCUGUUCGCCCUGGAGGGACACACAGCCAGAGUUGGCGCGCUGGCGUGGAACGCGGACCAGCUGUCGUCAGGCAGCCGGGACCGUAUGAUCCUCCAGAGGGACAUACGGACUCCGCCCCUGCAGUCGGAGCGCCGCCUGCAGGGUCAUCGCCAGGAGGUCUGCGGCCUGAAGUGGAGCACGGACCACCAGCUGCUGGCGUCGGGGGGCAACGACAACAAGCUCCUGGUGUGGAACCAUUCCAGCCAGAACCCGGUCCAUACGUACACCGACCACGUGGCGGCGGUGAAGGCUAUCGCCUGGUCCCCCCACCAGCACGGGCUACUGGCCUCCGGCGGGGGCACGGCUGACCGCUGCAUCCGCUUCUGGAACACCCUGACAGGCCAGCCCCUGCAGUGCAUGGACACAGGCUCCCAGGUCUGCAACCUGGCCUGGUCCAAACACGCCAACGAGCUGGUGAGCACGCAUGGCUACUCCCAAAACCAGAUCCUAGUGUGGAAGUACCCGGCUCUGACCCAGGUGGCCAAGCUGACCGGACACUCCUACAGGGUCCUCUACCUGGCCAUGUCACCUGAUGGAGAGGCCAUUGUCACCGGAGCCGGUGACGAGACACUUCGCUUCUGGAACGUAUUCAGCAAAACACGAUCCACCAAGGAAUCCGUGUCGGUGUUGAACCUGUUCACCCGGAUACGGUGAUGGGAACCUGGGAUGAGACUGUUGCUCAUGGAACUGUUUGAAAGUCAACGUCAGCACUGAACAAACACUAGCUCAACACACUACCAAGACCCCACCGUCAUGGACAGACAAGCUUUAGAGAAAAGAACAAACCACACUGUUUUUGCCAGUUACGCCUAGGCAUAGUGAGCAAUGGAUCUUUGCUCAUUGAUAAACAUAUUGAAUGUUGUUGUUUUUUAUGUGCAUAUUUUCCCCUCAUGUUUUAUAUUAAUUAUAUAUAUUGCAUUCAGGGUUAUGAACAUGUUUAGCCUUAAAGUGCAAUGUAUACGAA